GUUAGGCCCUUUUCUCAGGCCAGGGUAGAAGGAGGAAUGCAAUGAGUGUGGAGGACGUGGCCUGGAUUUUUUUGCUCCGGGCUAUUUGAAAAUGUGGACUUUGCCAUUUGGAAAUAUUUAGAUUCAAAGAGUCUGGAAGAACUCUGCGACCAAAACCCUGAUUGUUUUUUAAGGGAUAAACGGCUGUUGUUUGUCUGCUGAAAGCUUUUGAAGAGUAGGAAUGGGUGCUAAUUUUACCCUCUGCUGCUGCCACUACUAUCUGGUGCAGAACAGAGAGGAGAAGAAGGCUAUCCUGCGCAUGAGGACCACUUCAGGGCGCAGAUCGCCUCAGCAGAUAUCCAGUGAUUCCAGUGACAGCGAGACAGAGGAGGAAAGCCUCUUCGGACCGCAGUGUUUGGAGAAAAACCCAAAGGACAAACAGCAGAGUCAAAGAUUAACAGUGGAUCCGUGGGUUUAUUCCAACAGAGCAGACGGGUCUCUGAUCAGAUGUGGAUCAGACAGAGAGCUGCAGGCCUUCAUCAGCAUGAGAGACCAGGCUGAUAAGGCGACAGAGGAAUGGGAGAAGCUGAAUUAUGACAUCCACACACUGCGCUACGCCAGGCGAGAAGUCAGAUCUCGAUGGAAGAAAAUCCUGCUACAGCUGGGUUAUCAGUGUGAGGUGGACUCCCUGCUGUGUGUGAACACACAGAGCCAUUUCAGGCCAGAUCAAGAACAUUUUGGCAAAGCUGCUGACCUUUUGAAGCAGCUGCUGGAUCACACCUCUCUGUUCCCUCCUAAAACAGAACAUCAUAACAGAUACCUGUAUGUCAUGGACCGCCUGGUGUCACUGGACAGUGCAGAGGACUUUAUUAAAUUGGCCAAACAAAAAUAUCCCAAGAAAGAAGGCUGAGAGGAAAAACAAGCAGGAACAAGGAGAAAAGUUGAAAAAGCAUUUCAACUACGUCUGCACUGUUAAAAGACUGAAGUACAGGGUUGAGCAAACACUUUAAAAUGUUUAAUUUUUACUGCAUGCUGCUUCUGAAGAGUCAGAUAUUUUACAAUCUUUUAAGACAGACUGAAACAUCUUCCCUAUGCCUUUCAGACCUUAGAUGAUUUCCUCCAUCUUAUUCUUGUGAAUAAAAAUAAUCCAAUGCUACAGUGUUGCUCUGCAGCCCCGAAACAAGACUUUUUUCUGGAUUUUAUUCAAGGAUACAAUACAAUAUAAAAUCCUAAUAAAAUACAUAGCAUUUUUAAAUUCAGAAGCUUUAGCACUGUUUUCAACAUAUAGUAUUUCUCAUGACAAAUUUAAAAGGUCACACAAAAGUUUUCGGGGAAAAAAGUGGCAUAGUCAGGAGUGAUUCACUGUUUUUGUUUCAUAUAGUUGAGGUUAUCAGUAAAAACAAAAUUUCUUUUUGCCACUUUGAAAGAAUCAGUAUCGUCUCUUUGCUUCAUUAUGAGAACAAUAAUAUAUAGCAUUUUUUGAUUUUGUCUUUGUUUCUCAGCAUAAUACUAUCUGAGCAAGUGCAGAUUUUUUUUGAUUUACAUAAACAGAGCUUAACAGUGAAAAAAUUGAGGUUUUUUGCCAUUUGUAAAACAUUCUUUUCAGUUUUUCAGACAUUUUUUUAAAUGUACACUCUUUAAAUAUUUACAUUGCAUAAAAUCAAUUUGUACAAUGUAUCAACUGCUGAUUUGUGUCAGUAGGGGGCAGCAUAUGUUUACAUCUCAGUGGGCUUGGCUGUUUAGUUGACUACUAGGACAAUUAAUGUAGUUUUCAUUCAGAAAUCAAACAAAAAAAGAAAAUAAAUUACAAUUUGAGUC